UAAGUAAAACCACCUGCCAUUUCCGGUUCCGGGUCGUGACCCGAGAUCUCCCCGCCAUUUCUGUCUUUGCGCCAUAUCUUUGCACCAAGAAAAGCCCCUAGAUAUUUCUCCUUAGUUGUGACGCAGUACGUGCAUCGAGAGGGUACGAUGUCUCUCUCGGUCGACAAGGAAGCGUUCUACCGGCGCAUGAAGCGCCUCUACAACGUGUGGAAGAAAGCCCCGGACACCGGCGCCAUGGGGAAGAUGGAUGCCAUGGUGGUGGCCGUGGGCAUGGACGAGGAAGUCGUGUACGCCAAGUCCACCUCCAUACAGAUCUGGCUGUUUGGUUACGAGCUGACGGACACCGUCAUGGCGCUGUGCGAGGAUCAGAUCAUGUUCCUGGCCAGUAAGAAGAAGAUUGAGUUCCUGAAGCAGCUGGAGACUGGCAGUGAGAACGCAGACGGAGUCCCUCCCAUGACUCUUCUCACCAGGGAUAAGAGCGAUGGCAACAAGGCCAACUUUGCUAAACUGGUGGAGGCUCUCAAAGCCAGUAAGAAGGGGAAGACCAUGGGUGUUUUUGCCAAGGACAACUUUCCAGGAGAGUUCAUGGACAGCUGGAGGGCAGCUCUGGACAAGGGAGGGUUUGACAAGGCUGACAUCAGUGCUGAGGUGGCCCUGAUCAUGGCCCCUAAGGAAGACGAUGAGUUAAACGUCAUGAAGAAGGCCUGUCAGAUCACCGCAGACGUCUUCACCAAACACUUCAAGGAGCAGAUUAUGGAAAUCAUUGACGCAGACAAGAGAGUGAAGCAUGCUAAGAUAGCUGAUAGUCUGGAACAGGCUCUUGAGGAUAAGAAGAUCCUGGGCGGUGCAGACCCCUCUAGUGUGGAGAUGUGUUACCCAGCCAUCAUCCAGAGUGGAGGAAACUACAACCUCAAGUUCAGUGUGGUCAGUGACAAGAACACCCUUCACUUCGGCGCCAUCACGUGUGCGUUCGGCGUGCGUUACAAGUCGUACUGUUCCAACAUCGUGCGCACCAUGCUGGUUAACCCGUCAGACGAGAUGCAGGAAAACUACAACUUCCUGAUGGAGGUGGAGGAGGAGGUCCUCAGUCAUCUCAAACACGAUGCUAAACUGAGUGACGUCUAUGAGUCUGCCAUCAAGUUUAUCAAGGAGAAGAAACCAGAACUGGAGAACAAAUUUAUCAAGAACUGCGGAUUUGCCAUGGGGAUAGAGUUCAGAGAAGGUUCUCUAGUGCUGAAUGCCAAGAACUCAGCUAAAGUUCGCAAAGGUAUGGUGUUCAAUGUCAACGUUGGCCUACAAGGCAUGACCAAAAAGGGAGCAAGUAAGGAUGAAGAGAAGACCUACGCUCUGUUCAUAGGUGACACCGUGCAAGUCAAUGAGGAUUCCCCUGCCACUCUGUUAACCCCUGUCAAGAAGAAGUUCAAGAGCAUUGCCAUCUUUCUCAAGAAUGAAGAUGAUGAUGAUGAAGAGGAGGAGGAAGAGGAGAAAGAGAAAGAAGAGGAUCUUUUAAGGGGGAGGGGGGCCAGAUCAGCUGUGCUCCAAAACAAACUCAGAAGCAAGCAUGGCAAAGGUGGGGGAGAGCAGGAGGAUCUCCUGCUGGGGCGAGGUGGGAAGAAGACCACAGUCCUGCCCAACAAGCUGAGGGAUGAGAAGACAGCGGAGGAGAAGCGUAAGGAACACCAGACAGAGCUGGCACAAAAGAUAAACGAGGAGGCCAGACUCCGACUGUCCAAGAGGAAAGGAGACACUGUCAAACAAAAGGUUCGGAAGUCCAACGUCGCCUACAAGACGGUGAGCCAGGUCCCUAAGGAGCCUGACGUGAGAGACUUGAGGAUAUUUGUGGACAAGAAGUAUGAGACUGUCAUCUUGCCUGUGUUUGGUGUCCCCACCCCUUACCACAUCUCUACCAUCAAGAACAUCAGUAUGAGUGUUGAAGGUGACUACACAUAUCUGCGAAUCAACUUCUUCUGUCCUGGAAGCGCUCUGGGGCGAAACGAGGGAAACGUGUUUCCAAACCCGGAGGCCACGUUUGUCAAGGAACUGACGUACCGAGCGUCCAAUCAGAAGAACACGGCCACCAGUGUGGUGCCGGCCAACAACUUAAACACCGCCUUCCGCAUCAUCAAGGACGUCCAGAAGAAGUUCAAGACGAGGGAGGCUGAGGAAAAGGAAAAGGAGGGCAUAGUGAAGCAGGACAACCUGGUUGUAAACAACAACAAGAGCAACCCCAAGCUGAAGGACCUGUACAUCAGACCCAACAUCGUACAGAAGAGGAUACAGGGCUCACUGGAAGCACACGUCAAUGGUUUCAGGUUUACCUCAGUGAGAGGAGACAAGGUAGACAUCCUGUACAACAACAUCAAACACGCCAUCUUCCAGCCGUGUGACGGAGAGAUGAUCAUCUGUCUACACUUCCACCUCAAGCACGCCAUCAUGUUUGGAAAGAAGCGGCACAGAGAUGUGCAGUUCUACACGGAGGUGGGAGAGAUCACCACCGACCUGGGCAGGCACCAGAACAUGCACGACAGGGACGACCUGUAUGCUGAGCAGGCUGAACGAGAGCUCCGACAUAAGUUGAAGACUGCCUUUAAGACAUUUAUCGAGAAGGUUGAGUCCAUCACUAAGGAGGAGCUUGAGUUUGAGGUUCCGUUCAGGGAGCUGGGGUUCUUCGGCGUGCCCAACCGCAGCACAGUACUGCUGCAGCCUACCAGCAGCUGCAUGGUCAGCCUGGUGGAGUGGCCCGUAUUUUGCAUUUCGCUGGACGAGAUCGAACUUAUCCACUUCGAGCGUGUCAGUUUCCACCUGAAGAACUUUGACAUGGUCUUCAUCUUCAAAGACUACAGCCGCAAAGUCGAGAUGGUCAACUCCGUUCCCAUGCAAUCAUUGGACCAAGUCAAGGAGUGGCUCAACUCAUGUGAUAUCAAGUACACAGAGGGUGUGCAAUCCUUGAACUGGACAAAAAUCAUGAAGACCAUCAACGACGACCCAGAGGGCUUCUUUGAAAAUGGCGGCUGGUCCUUCUUGGAACCUGAAAGCGAUUCUGAAGACGAUGAUGAUGAUGAUGAGGGUGAUGAGGAGUAUGAGGUGUCGGGGAGUGAGUUUGAGGAGGAUGAGGAGUCAGACAGUGAGUACUCGGAGGACAGUGAGGCCAGCGAGGACUGGUCGGAGGAGGACCUGGGCAGUGAUGAGGAGAGCGGCAAGGACUGGGACGAACUGGAGGAGGAGGCUCGCAGAGCCGAUCGUGAGUCGAGAUACGAGGACGAGGAAGAGCGACCGCGCAGCGGGCGCAACAGGCAGACUUCCCACAGCAAGUCCUCCAGCAAGGGCGGCGGUGGCGGCGGCAGGCACAAGCCAUCCCCCCACAAAUCUCCUCACAAGUCUCCUCACAAGUCCUCCUCACACAAGUCCUCCUCGCACCACCACAAGUCUCCUCACAAGUCGUCCUCGCACAAGCGACAGCGGAACGACAGUGGCGGGCGGGGCAGCAGCGCCAAGAAACAGCGCAGACACUAAAGACAUUCCAACGUUUCAGUCAGUAUUCCUUUGGACUGCUUCAGAGGUUGACAUUUUCGUUCGGUUCACUACGUGAAUCCUAUUGGGGAGCAACAGGUCAGAGUUUUUUUUUCUCUACAGCUUUCAUGUAGGGAGAUCAUAACUCUGACAUUAAGAAAAUUGAUAAAAUACAAAUCAUACAUACUGUUCAUUUUACCAGUGCACAGAUUGUCCAGACUUCUCUUGAAGUAGUAGUUUCAGUAGUAUCAUAUAAAUCCAUUGUACAGAUAUCUUCAGUUCUCUUUUGUUCAGUUUAUUAUGUAUCCAAGUUAAUGUUUAAAAAAAUGUGUUAUUUACAAGUUAGACUACACAGGUGUUGUUUGAAUAAGCCUUUAAAGGUGAUAUUUUUGAGAGUCUGUACUUAAGAGUUAGAUGCUCCUUUUACAUAUACAGAAUGUCCUAUAGAUAUGCAGUCACUGGUAUCGUUCAUGUGUCAGAAACUGUAGUGUUCUCCACUUUGCACCUUCAUGUACCAUGCAUUCAAUAGUCACUGUAGUGAUGUCAAAUUUUGAUAUUUUUGUACGAGGUCAACAUAUAUACUAGGGACACAAAACAAAUAGAAGACAUGCGUGAAACAUCAGAAAGAUCUGCCGUUUGGCCAUUGAAAAUCUGGUACUGUGUUUUGUACUGUUGUCAGUAGUUCAGCCAGCCCAAUGCGAUGCCACAUCAUGAUCCACUUUCAGUUGUUUUCAAGUUCUUUCUUUGAAGAAUUAAGUGGAAGCACACAGACAUAAGGCUCUAUGAAUAGUUGUAAGUUUUACUGAUAUUAUGUGGAGUGGGGUCUUUCUUGUUGGUAAAUAAAUGACUGAAUACCAUAGUCUUAGACAUGUUCUGAUGAACUAAUUCCAAUGUGUUAAGUACAAAGUUGGCAGUUUUGUGUCAGUCAUAAAUCGACUCCAAUUUUGUUCCUUGACUUCAGGAUUUUUUAAAAUUAUAGUGAACGAAAAGAAAAAACAAUAUAAAAACAGAACUAGAGGAGAGAGUACGCUCGUUUAUGCAUACAACAUGUACAGUUUCAUGGAGUGACUGUCAAAGUAUACUACAGUUUGUUUCUUUGUAUGAAAGCUCUGUUGUCAUUUUGUUCUUUGCCCCUUUUUGUUGUUUCUACACAAUGUAUGCAUGGUCAGUAAGUUUUACAUUAAAUGUACAAGUAGCUGUGAUGGUGGGGGGGGGGCAAGUUUGACCUUCAGUUAUGCCGUCUAUUGCAAGGUCAUUUCAUGUAAUUUGAUGAAUAAAGAAAAAAGAUUGCA